AUGUCAUCAGCAAGAUACGAUAGAGCUAUUACAGUGUUUUCACCAGAUGGACAUUUGUUUCAAGUAGAAUAUGCUAUGGAAGCUGUACGUAAGGGUACAGUUGCUAUUGGUGUUCGUGGUAAAGAUGUUAUCAUUCUUGGUGUAGAAAAGAAAUCUACUGCAAAGUUACAAGAUGCUAGAUCAAUAAGAAAGAUUGUAAAGAUUGAUGAUCAUAUUUGUUUAACUUUUGCUGGUUUAACUGCUGAUUCUCGUGUAUUAAUUAAUAAGGCAUUGGUUGAAUGUCAAUCAUAUAGAUUAUCAUUAGAUGAUACACCAACAGUAGAAUAUAUUGCCAAAUAUAUUGCAGGUAUUCAACAAAGAUACACACAGAGUGGUGGUGUUCGUCCAUUUGGUAUUUCAACAUUGAUUGUUGGUUUUGAUAGUGAUGGUACUCCACGUCUCUUCCAAACUGAUCCAUCUGGUUCAUUUAGCUCUUGGAAGGCUGCCGCUAUUGGUAGAAACUCUAAAGCUGUCUCUGAAUUCCUUGAAAAGAAUUAUACAGACAAUAGUGAUGCCGAAUCAAUUAAACUUGCUGUUAGAGCUUUAUUAGAAGUUGUAGAAUCUGGAAACAAGAAUAUCGAAAUUGCAAUCAUUAGAAGAAAUCAACCAAUUUCAUUAUUGGAAGAGUCAGAGGUUGAAAAGUUGGUAGAAGAAGUAGAAAAGGAAAAGGAUGAGGAAAAGGAACAAUCUUCAUCAUCAUCUACUGCUCCAAAGAAAUAA